AUGCCGGGAUCAUGGUCACCACUAUAUUUGCCAUCUGCGGAGUAUAGUGGCGAAAAAACUUCUGAAAUUAAUAUUCGGUUAAAUUUCAAGCAUAUUGACUACUAUCUGUCAGAAAAUGAUGAAGUUGAUUCGGAAUAUGAUCUGAAUAUAUUCGCCUUUGACGAUGCAAGUAAAACUAUUCUUAGCAAUAUAUGGACUUUCAGUAAGCUUGAAAAAGAUUCUAAGAGAGAACGUGUGACCUUAGCGCUAAGACAAUCCCUCUAUUUUCGCACCACUGUGCUGAGUCCUUCAAUGUAUUUCGUAUUUGUGCUCACCUCUUACAAUCUUGUGGAUGCGAAUAAAAAAUCAGAAAUCGGAUGGUGUUCCGUAAAUAUUCAAGAAAUGUUACGCAGCUCUUCGUUUCAUUCCUGCAGCGCAAACUUUUUGAAGGGGUCGUGUCGCUUGUUGUACAUUUUAUCUGAAGUUUGUAAUCCAUCUACUUUGGUCGCUGACAAACAUAUUAUUUAUUACUCUGGCGAAUCAAAUGAAGAACUUGAUAAUUGUUUGUACCUGAUUCCUGAGAAUCGAUUUGUUCCAUUUUUAGCCCGAAUUCCUGGGAUAAAUACAGAUAAAGAAUUAAACAAAUGGAGCUCCGGAAUCUUUGUAAAGACUUACAUAGAAGAUAUAUCAAUCACGACGAAUUCUUGUCAGAUAGCCGAUUUUGAAAAUUAUUUGUGUUCAAAGGUUGCUGAUGACAUAAAUAACGCUUCGAACAGAGUUGGGGCUCUGGCUUCUGUAAAACUGCAAGUUUCAGAGAGAAGGAUUAAGAUUUUUCUACACAACCGUUAUACUGUUGUCCAACCUGUGCCAGUUAUUUAUUUAGAUACAAUUCUUGAUUCAGAGAGAGGAUCCUGCUCAGGGAGAAGGAAGUCGACAAUUCUGCCAGUGUCUUCAUCGAAAACACUCCUUGUAGCUCGGAAUGACUCUGAAUUAUUUGCUCCUCAGGAUCCUCAGUGUGCAAUAGUAUUUAUCCUGGAGUAUGUUUUGUGUGAAAUUACAAGUUCAACAACUCCACUGAAAAUGAAUUGUUCAGUUAGAUGGGCAACGUAUCCAUUUGAAGAUAAUGUUGAAAUGUUUAAAAACGUUGGAAAUCAUUCAACAGCCUUGAAUUUACCAUUACAUGGAAGUGUAGAGCCGGUAACUAAUUCAAAUGUUAGUUUAUCGUCUCUCCCUAACAAUAAUACUAACGGAAUCCAAAUUCCAACAUCUGAUGACUUUGAAAAGUCUUUACUGAAAACAGUCUGCCCAGAUGGGAGCUUUUGUUUUACAGAAAACGUUAACCCAAUGAUGGAACUAAUUUUAAAUUGUACCAUAUCUACUGGGAUUCGAAAAGAUACGAGCGAGAAUUCUGCAGUCGAAGAGACUGUUGUAUUGACGAAGCAGUUGAAAGGUGAAUUCCAAACGCCGAUGGCAAAACAACAGUCUUCAAGAAGAAAACAAAUCAGGUUCAGAGAAUCAAAUGCUUCUUUAGAGUCAAAAACCAAUGCCGCCGCUAUCGUGCCUAAAGAAAGAAUUCAACCGAUUAGAAGAAGGAAAUCAGUUUUGAAAUCGUCAACAAAAGUUGAUUUAACCAAUGAUAUUGACAAACAACAACAAAUGCAACUACUGAAUUCAUAUGGUGGUUUUUUAAAUCAUGGAACAUUUGUUGGUCCAUAUUUAGGUGGAAUGGGACCAACAGUAUAUGAACCAUUAGAACCAACAUCACUACCUUUGACUGCCGCAUUUUUAAAUCAGAAAUACAACGGUUCAUUACUGCUGUUAAAUAACAUUUAUCAGGGUAGUGGAUUGAGUCGUGCAGCAUACGCUAAACUUUAUUCUGCAGGUUUUGAACCAAUCCAAACAGAGAAUGGUGAUCCACCUUUUACAAUCGAUCCUCAAAAUGAUUCAAUCAGUGAUUUUGUCCUCAAGAAAGAAGAGCUGGAUCCACUUAAUCAGAAUGAGAUCAUUUUUCAAUUCCUUGCCUAUUCUGGAUUCGAAUCGAGUGAGGCACUGACAACUGAUGUACCUGAACAAAUCUACUUCACAUUUCAAUUUUAUCGUUUCCCACAGGUUAAAACGCCAACCUUAUUCAUUCAACAGUCCUCUGAAGAUUCGCUUAAUUCGGAUGGCACUACAUUCAGAAUAAUAUGGAAGACAAAACUUCAAGCCGAAAAGUUAUCACUUGGUGAAAUUAAAUCGCAGUCGACUUUAAACAAAGCUGAGAGCAGAACGCCAGGCUAUAAGGUUAUUUUUCUUAUCGAUUCCACUUAUUUCAAACCUGGAGAAACUGAGUUAUUUUUCAAUUAUUUACUUCGAGCAAAUAUGCAAAUUGAUGUAUGGAAUGCAAAGUCUCAUAUACUGAUUGGAACAUGUAUAGUUGAGUUGAAACAUCUUUGUCGACAAGGUCGUGAAGCUGUUCAAGUCACCUACAGUACUGAUAUUCUACGCUUUAACAAUAAUGAUCUAUUUGAUGAUGGUGAAGCUAGUUCAAUUCACCCACCUGAUAAUCAUGGUCGUUUACACUUACGUCUUGCUAAUGUUGGACAUCGUAAGCAAUCAGCAGGAAAAGAAAUAAUUAUCAGAAAUAAUAGUAGCAGAAAAAGAUUCUUAAUCAAUGAAAGUGAUGUUGGAUGUUUUGGAAAAUUUAAAGGUGGAGCUCUUUCAAAUAUCAAUUCAUUUGAGUCAAAAGCUUUUAAUGAAAACACAACUGGUUUAACAGUUCGAGCACAUAAAAUCCGGUCAACAAACAGUGAACUACAAGAGAUGUUGAGAUCGAUCACUACUUCAGAGAAUACAAUGCCUAAAACUAUCCGAGCAAUGAAAUCAUUGAAUACUGAGAAGCAUAGAAAAGAAUUACCUAGUGAAAAUGAAGCAACCAGACAAACUAAACUGGAACGUUUACAUUGUUCUUUAAAAGCUAUUCAUGGUUUAACAGGUGUAUACGAUGAAAAAUUAUUCCCUAAAGCAUACAGUACGCAUACUUUAUUACCGGAGAAGAAAUUACAACUAGAUACUAUAAGUCAUUAUAGAGAACAGAAAAAACGUGAAUUAAUUGAACAAAUGAUAACUGGUGCUACAACAAUUGAACACAACUUGUACACAAGUUUUGGUUGUACAGAAUUUUUUGAAUAUCAAUUAAAGAAUCCAUAUAAUGUCGAGGAUACUAUUUGUGCUACAAUUGAAGAUGACACAAAUAAUUUAUCCUUUGUUGUCAAUUCAUCGGAAGUUCGUGCCUUGAAAUUAGCCUUUGGGAUUGAUACACCAACAGAAGACAAUCUAUUUGCUGUAGACAUUACAGACAAUUUCAUCGAUCAGAACAAUCAAGGUGACAGCCAAGUGGCGCAGAAGGAGAAGAAAAAGGUCACUAUCAGACUAUUUCUGAAACCAAAUGAAACUGUUCUAUUGCCAAUUAAAUAUGAAGAAUGUACAAUGUUUCCUAAUGCUAAACAGUAUGCUGGUGUAGAUGAAAGAAAUCUCUCAGAAUUCACUUCAAAUAUUGAAGAUGAACCAAAAGAAAUGAAACGUGUUGCACAAAUAAUCUUCAAAUCAACCACAUAUGGAAAAAUAAUAUCCCAGUUAAUGCUUCAUAUUCAUAUCCGGCCACCAAUAAUUGAUCAGAGUUUUCGAUGUUUUCAUCCUGAAUUAAGUUUCUUGAAGAAAAUUUUACGUCUUCCUCGAAGUGCUAUACAAUGGAGGGGGAAUAUUUCUUCCGCCGAACAAAAUACUAUUCAACAGAUUAACCAUCAGCUAUGGACUAGAGUAUCUGAUCCAGAUGUUUUGACUUUAUCAAAUGUCCAAGGUGAUACAGUGGAUAUAUUGAUUAAAGUUGGUCUAGGGAAAUCACCACAGGUACGUGAAUUUCUUAUCAGUGUCUACAUAGAACCCUUACAAAUUCGACCAGCAUAUAUCUGGCACUGGGCUGUACAUUCACUUCAACGAGUCGAUGCUAUUGCAACUGUAGGACAGUUAUCCGCUCCACUAGGACUAUUAUUACGUACAGAUGACUGUUCUCCAAACAUUGGCACAAAACGUGUCAGUGUAUACCCUAGUCAUCCUAACGAAGUUAUCAUUGGUACAGAAUUGAGUUCAAGCAGUUUUCAACAGAAUCCUAUAGGAAAAGAAUUAACAUUAUCGGUAUCAUCACGUUCUGUUCACGAAUUAAAGGUGAAAUUAUGUCCAAGAUCUUCUGGUAAGAAAGUUUAUCAAAUCAAUGUGGUGGAUAUAGACAGUCAACGAGUAAUACGUGCAUGGAUUUUAUGCGUCGAUGCUAAGCAACCAGAAGUUACAAAAUCGUUCAAUAUAAAACUGCCUAAACGCGGUGUUAAUGAAUCUUGUAACAAGCGUGUUUCUUAUACUAAUCCAUACAAAUGUAAUAAAACAUUGGUACUAGAAACUAAUAGACCUGACCUGUUGAAGUUCAAGGAAUCCAUUCUAGACAUCCCAGCUGGAGGAACUAUUCCAAUUGGGCUACGCUUUAUUCCGAAAGUAACAAUUAAUUCGUCGGAACAGAUAUAUAUCUUUAUUAAAGAUGAACAAGAAAAACUUUUGGAGACAUUUUUAGUAAUUGCUCAAUAUGAUGAUGAUGAUUAG